AUGUUUUGUGACACUAAACAAAUAGUCCAUGCCACAGACGUGCUGGAUUGGGAAGACAAAGAUGCUGCAGAGACAUUGGUCAACAACGUUGUCCAUUCCAGGAUCAUCAACCCUUUACGCCUAUUUGUUAAGCCAUCUCCAGUGUUGAAACAUGGCCAGAUGUCAUACUCAGACAGCAUAGAAAACUUUUGGGAUUGGUUAGCCAACAUCACUGAGGUUCAAGAAUCUCUUGCACGGACUAAGCGCAGACCAAUAGUAAAAACUGGGAAAUUCAAGAAAAUGUUUGGGUGGGGCGACUUCCAUUCCAACAUCAAAACUGUUAAACUAAACCUCCUCAUCACAGGGAAAAUUGUUGAUCAUGGCAAUGGAACCUUCAGUGUUUAUUUCCGACAUAACUCAACAGGUCUUGGAAAUGUUUCUGUAAGCCUGGUGCCACCUUCCAAGGUGGUGGAAUUUGAAUCUUCUCCACAGUCAACACUGGAGACCAAGGAAUCCAAGUCCUUCAACUGCCGAAUUGAGUAUGAAAAAACAGAUCGGGCUAAGAAAACUGCCUUGUGCAAUUUUGACCCUUCAAAGAUCUGCUACCAAGAGCAGACACAAAGCCAUGUUUCUUGGUUGUGUUCUAAACCAUUUAAAGUUAUCUGCAUUUACAUUGCUUUUUACAGUGUAGAUUACAAACUGGUGCAAAAGGUCUGCCCUGAUUAUAAUUACCAUAGUGAGACGCCCUACUUGUCCUCUGGAUGA